AGGCGCGCCCGGCGGCUAGGACCCGCCUCCCGGGUUCCAGAGCGACCCCGCCCGCCCGGGCCGCGUCCUUGCGCGCGGGCCGGCUGCGGCUCCCAGGCAGGAGCCGGAGGAGCAGGUGGGGGCGACGGCCCCGCCUCCGCGUCCCGGCAGCCCCAGAGCUGGCGGCCGGGGCGUGAGCGGCGCUCACCGAGCGCAGCAUCCAGCGAGGCUUGGCCCCAGCGGCGCCGCCUGGAGCACGGACCCUGCGGGACAGAGCCCGGAGCCUAGAGGCGGCGGCGGCGGCGGGGACGUCGGCCAGAGACGAAUCCUGUCCUGUCCUCGGCACGGCCAGCGGCAGAGCAGAGACCAUUCUCCUGGGACCAUUCCUAAGGAAGAAACACCCACGCUGUGACAUAUGCCACUGCCACCGCCACUGCCACCUCUGCCUCCACCUCCCCCCCAGCUGGGGCCUCCUCCGCCUCCCCCACCAUCAGCGCCCCUGGUAAGUACAGAUGCUUCCAGCUUGAGAAAGGCAGAUCCCAAAGGUCGGAGUGCACUGUUGGCUGAUAUCCAGCAAGGAACUCGCCUACGAAAAGUCACGCAGAUCAAUGACCGCAGUGCCCCACAAAUAGACAGUUCUAAAGGAACCAACAAAGAAGGAGGAGGUCCUGCAAACUCUCGAGGCGGGAGCACGCCCCCAGCCCUGGGAGAUCUGUUUGCUGGUGGCUUUCCAGUGUUACGGCCAGCAGGCCAGAGGGAUGCAGCAGGCGGCAAGACAGGGCAGGGCCCUGGCUCCCGAGCGCCUUCUCCCCGGCUUCCCACCAAAACUAUCAGCGGCCCGUUCAACCCCCCUGCAUCUCCCAGGCUAGGCGACGCCUCCGAGGCGCAUGGCGCGGCCUGGACGGUCCCUCCUCGCCCCAGCAUGCCCGCCCCACCUCCCCCGCCCUUACCCCCGGCCCUGCCCCCGUCCUCCCCCGCCAAAGCCCCGCUGGUGUCCCCACCUGGCCCACCGACUAAGGGGAGCCCCCCGGUGCUCGCACCCCCUCUGCCCUGUGCACCGCCUCCUCCACCCCCGCCGCCCCCGGCCUUGGCUCCCAGUGACAAGGCGGUGAGGCCUCAGCUAGCCCGCUUGCACCUACCGCCCGUCCCCCCGCCGCUCCCUCUCCUCCCACCUUGCGGGUACCCUGGGCUCAGUGCGGACGCUGCCAGCCCUGCCGAAGAUGUGCCGGAGCCUCCCGCCCCGCCGUUCCCGCCGCCCCCACCGCCCCCGCCGCCCCCGCCGCCCCCACUCCCCGCUUACGCCCCACGCACCCCCAGAGCCUCUCUGCCUGCGCCCCCUUUGCCAGGCGCUAACGACAGCGGUGAAGCCCCACCCCCGCGGCCCCCCAAGUCCCCGUGCUUCCAGGCCCAGCCCCCCGAGCCCAGUGUGCAGGCCUUGCCGGCGCCGCCCGCCCUUCCGGGGUCUCAGACGUUCCCGCAGAAGAAGAGGCCCGGCCGAGGCCCCGGGACCAGUGGGGGAAAGCUGAACCCACCCCCAGCACCCCCCGCGAGGUCACCCACCACGGAGCUUUCAAGCAGGAGCCAGCAGGCCCCAGCCUGGACCCCGACCCAGCAGCCUGGAGGUCAGCUGCGGAAUGGAAUCCUGCACAUCAUCGAUGACUUUGAGUCUAAAUUCACGUUCCAUUCUAUGGAAGAUUUUCCUCCUCCGGAUGAGUAUAAACCAUGCCAGAAGAUUUACCCCAGCAAGAUUCCCAGAAGCCACACACCUGGUCCCUGGCUCCACACUGAGGCGGCCGGCCAGAGCUCCGAUGACAUCAAAGGCAGAAAUGCUCAGUUAUCCCUAAAGACACUCUGGUGAGAAGACAGAUGAAGCCAACGUCCUGUGAGCCACCUGGGGGUCCAUAUGGCGGGGUGGACAUCCCCAGGAGAACGUCAGACCUCACCAUUCUCAAGUUGUAAUUCAGUUGACAUACAGGCUCUGCAUGGAGCAUUUAUUUAUUGUAAAUACGUGAUUUGCACAGGCUUUAAAUCAGUAUUAUAGUCGAUUUUUAUUUGAGUAAUUUAAAAAGCAUACACAUCAUUUCUCCAUUGUUUAAAAUGCGUCUUGGCAUUCAUCUGUCAGCACAGAUGAAAGCCCUGUCCCCACCACAGAGCGUCCAUUCCAUGACUGUAAAUACGCAUGCAGGCUGGCCCUCCCUAGGUUCGGAACCAUUUUUAGAAGAUUCCUUAGUUUCCCAAAGUCAUAGUAUCCACAGCAGCUUCUUAUUGGCAUGAUUUUCUAGUCUCAUCACACAAACUGCAAAAUCAAACCAGAUAAUGCCUUAUACAUGACGCGGCUCACAGAGAGUAAUGUGUCACCACACCCAGACGAUGCCACACGGCCUCCAGUGAACGAGAUGCCACGUCUCGUUCCCGUCUUGCAGUACAGGGAUUCUUUUGCUGCCUAAUGUAAACAUAACGCAAAUCAAAGGCAAGAGCGGGCUUGGCCUCUCCAAGGCCGACCACAGGGCCCCUUUUGUGUCUGAAUGAUCCUGCAAGUAGCCAAUGCUCUUACUGUUUACACCGCCCCCCGUGCCCAAGUCUGCAUGGUGUUCCUCCUGUCUCUCCAAGUCCCCAGCCUCAUCCUGGCAGACAAGGUGAGGUGAGCUGUAUGAGAUUUCAGUAUUUUCCCUGCAAGUUAGAAACCUGUGUAAGUCAUCAUGAGUAAAUUCCUAAUUCUG